GCACACGUCCGAGCGAUGCCAAGAAACGGGCUUCUGGCCAGGGUCCGACUUUUUGCUCGCCCUCGCCCUGGACCUCGUCGGCCCCUGGCGCGGGCCGCGCCCGCGGCACGCCCGGCAGCACCGCUCAACCCCGAGGCCGGCAGGGCUAUGGGAGGCUCCGAGCGCCACGCCGGCGCGGCGGCGGUGCGCCCGCCGCGGCUGCGCCGGAGGGGCAGGCGCACACGGGGGCCACGAGGCCAGGACCGAGCCUCCCCGUCGCUCGGUCCGAGCGACGGGGAAUGCGGUACCAAGGCUGAGCACGGAGAAGCCGUGUCGAUCUUGGCCACCGUCGGCCUUGGCCAGCGCCGGCUCGUCGAGUCGGUCCUCGCGAGUCGGCGACGGCCGACGUGGACCAUGGCCAAGAGUUGAAGCUUCACGCCAAGAUCGACAUCGACAAAAAGGCGCCACAUCUCGGUCAUGGUCCCCGUGCUUCCUACCCGGAUGUGCGUCGGCGACGCAAGGACCGCUGCCCUUCACACCGCGGGGGCCCGAGCGGAGACGCAUAGGCGAGCACAACAGCGGAAGUAAUACAAGCAGUAAUGGCCCCUCCGCAGACAGCGGAUCUGGCAAGGUCAAUCAAAUUCUCCAAGGUGCACACGUCCUCCAGCUUCUUCGUAUCAGGUAUGUACCGCUGUACAUGCCUUCCGAGCUUGCCACUAGAAAUCGACACAUCAGCGCCGUCAGAGACGGCACGAGGAACGACCACUCCUACCGCACCCCCAACAAAGCCGCCAAAAACAGCCCCCCCCGCACCCCCGACGGAGCCGCCAGCGAUGCGACCCACUGCAGGAGAGGCCCAUGCGGCAGCCGCCCCACACGCGCCCCCGACGGCGACGUCCUUGACCAUCUUCGUCACAGACCGGUUCUCACCCACCAUAGAGUCUUCCCCAGCGAGACGGCGCUGCUCACGCACGCGACUCCCGCAAUCGGAGCCGACCAGACAAAAGCGACUACCCCGGCCCCAGUCGAUAACCCCGUGAAAAUCCAGCCGCCACAUCUUUUCAGAUCCACGUUCGCCUCCUUGCUACGACAUAGUAUCGCAAUAUCGUCUCCAGAAGCCGCGGCUGCGUCGCAAGACGAAUAGAACUGGCUUGGCCGUAAAGGUGCAGGGGACUUGUUCGCUGAUAGCCAUGGGCCAAAGGCAAACGCCAUAGGCGAGUGGAGCUCAGAGACAGAGGGAAUUCUUUGCUGAGAUGAGGAGCUGGAUCGUGUCAGGCGAUCAGACUCUGCCCUCGCCCAAUCAUCAUGUUGAGCCAAACCGGCUACAGUGUCUGUCUCUGUCUCUAUGUAUGUCUGCU